AAUUGCACCUCGAUUUGUGCUGCCUUGUCCUUGUAGGGAUUCUCGCAGUAACCCCUUGGGUAGCACCUGGAAUUUUGCUGCUGUGGAUAGCAAUUGUUCUGCCCUAGAUUUUAAUGGUUCCUGACUGCAAUAGAGCAAUAAUUUCCUAUCAUGCUCUCAUAUAGCAUUCCGUGAUGCUUCGAAGUUUCAGUUUUGGAGACAGUGCUCCUGCUUUCUGGUUGUGUAGGUUUUCCCUGAGUUUGCUAAAUGUGUGCAUGAUAAGCUGUGCUGGUGACUGUCCUACAGGUGUUGUGUAUCUCAUCAUUACCUUUGCUGGCUGCUGACCGUGGUGGUAUCACUUGUAGUUUCUUCUCUGGCCUCAUGUUCUGUCAUUUGUCAUCCAGAAGAGAUUCAAGGCAAGGUGACCAUUAGGACUUCUGUCCUUAAGUCAUUAUGGAAACCAGGAAGGGUUUGGGGCCUUGUCAUGUUUUGUUUCCCACCCAGUAUUUGUCAGCUGUAGUUAUAAUUUGCUCUCCUGUCUGGACAAGUGGUUUGGUGGCCACUGACAUUCUUUUGGUAUGUUUUUUUCAACAUUUACAUUCGGGACAUUGUUACAAGAUCCUUGUAAAUCCUCAUCUGAACAAUGAUUACAACGAAAAAAUCUUCCGACCAAUUUCUUGUACCCAGUACACAGGCACUGGAUUGGUGUGUUCAUCACCGUGUUGCUUGGUCUCUCUCAGCACGACAUCAAUGUCCAUUGCCAUGAGAGCCGUCCUGCCCAUGACUGCUGCAGUAAAUAUUGAUCUCAGGUGUCUGUACCAGAGCUCAAGGUACAGCUGCAGAGUUUGCCAGACCAUGUAUGUGAUGCCAUCUGUGUGGAUUUCAGAGUGCUCUCUUUGCUGGGCAGGGUAAGCAAAAGUGUAAUUGACCUCUGAGAUAGGAAUGGAAAUUGUGCCUUGUCACAGAGGUGAAUGUGGCAGUGACACUGAGUAGGCCCUGGCCAUGUCCUGGUGUGAGAGGUGACCUUGAGCACUGCGUAGCCUCCUCUGAGGGAACCUGCAAUCAUUUGUAAGACAAUGUGUGAUAUCAAAGGAGGACAGGAAUGGGAAUUGCAUUCUUUUCUGGACAAUAAUUGUUUUGGGCUGGGGAAUGGAGGAUGCUUAGAGGAAAGCAGGAGGCAGGAUGGGCCCAGAGUAUUUCUGCCCAGGAUCCUUUUCCAAGUUCCAAGUGUCUGGUGUUGCAGACCUCCUGUAUCUUGAGCUACUAGAUGGUAUUGAAAUGGCCACAGAGUCCUUUGGGGUUAUGAAUAUCUCCCAUCAGAGACAGUUCCUUGUGCUGUCUCUGGCCUGACACAGGGAAUGUGUUGGAAAAGAAUUGGUAACAUUCAGACUGAUGAACAUUUUUGCUGCCGCUUUGGGAAAGUUGUUGCGGGAAGCAGCACUACAAACUGCUUUCCAUGUGUAUUGUAGGGCAUUUGUUCCAGCUUCCACAGCUCUUAGUGUGAAGGCAUCUGUGGUGCUCUUCAGAGAGGAUUUUUAAUGGCAGUUGAGGGGGUGGGUGUAAUCUAGUUGUGUUUUUCUUCCCCUACAUGUUCUCCUGCAUGAUCAGUUUGGGUGGAGGUGGUGUGUCCUGUUAUCACACAGGGCUCAUUCUGGUGUCUGGAUGGACACUCCAAAGCUCCACAUCUACAGAGCAGCCCAGCUCUGGUGUCCUAUUCUUGAAAUUCUCUCACCCAGUUAACUUUUAGAGUUCACUUGUGCUUUUGGUGUGACCUCUUGAAGAAGGAGAUAAAUGGGAAUUGGAAUCAGUAUUGUUCACGACUCUAAUCACAGAACCUUUAAGAACUCGGUUUGUAUCAGCUACUGCUGAAAAAACUCAAAGCAUCCUGGCAUGAGGGAAAAGUCAAAGAGUCACAGAAUGGAUUUUCAGCGUUUUAUGUAUUCUUUUUGCCAGGUAUGGAGGCGUGGGGGAAUUGAAUAAGUCUUGGGGAGGGAAUAGGGAGUGUCUGCUUAACUGUGGGGAUCCCAGUUCACAGGGUGUAGAUACAGGGUUACAGUAGAAUAUCGUGAGGAGGAUCCCAGCACACAGUGCUGCUCUUCUGGAAUCCCAGCAGGGUGUCCAGAAGUUCUGCAUAACUGGGGGUACUGUUGUUCCUUCUGGUAUUGCUGCUUGUAAACACAUCUGCCCUGUGUGCCUUUAAUUAUAAAAUACGUGGCUUUGAUGUGGAAUAUUGUUUGUCAAUGAGAAGCUUUUUGAAAUUUGGAUCAUGCUGCCAUGCUUUCUCUGAACAUUUCCUUGAAGUCAGAAGGAAAGAGGAAGGAGAGCUUUUUCCAAGGAAUGUGUCCCAACACCAUGUCAAGAAUGUUGAACAGACGGUAAGACAAUUCCCUUCCUGGUAAGGGAAAAGUGAACAGAGGAUGGAAAUGGAAGAAAAUUGAAAGGAAGCAGAGUGCAAUGAAGGAAAGAAAGGUGGAUCUAGAGAAAGAGAAGGAAAGAAGAAAGUAGUAGAAAAAGAGUGAAAGAGACAAAGUAUAAAUCAAUUUACUGUUAUGUCACCGACAUUGCCACUAUACACAAAAAGACAACAAAGGAAAGAAAUAAGGAAGGAAAAGUGGAAGGGGAAGAAAACCAGAAAGAUGCUACAAAAGAAUGGCCCAGGGAGGUAAUUACGAAUGGAAGAUGGCAAAGAGAAGAAAUUUAUAAACAGGAUUACUCACGGACGUUGCCUCAAAUCGGUGGCUGGAGCUGGUUGUCAAAAGCCUCUGCCUCGGUAGAAUACUGCAUUCAAGUGCUGAUGCCACGAAAUUUGAGUUGGUGAAUCCAAAAACUUUUCUUUGCAGUGCGGUGCCGGAGGUGACUGGAGGAAUAGCAGAAGGGGUAAAGAAGAGAGCAGCUGCAAAGAUCCAAGGGAAAAAAUACCAAAGGAGCACUGUAAGAAGAGACGGCAGAGAAGAUCAUUACGGAGCGGAGGCGCGGGCGCUGUGUGUGAGCGUGUGGGGCGGCGGAGCAGCGCACGGUGUCGCUGCAGGCUCAGGAACGGCGUGUGGGCGGCUCCGCCCCGGUGCGGCGGAGAGCCCGGCUGUGAGCGCGGGGGGGCGGCGCGGGCCGGGCAGCAGAGCCGCUGCGUCCGGGCGGCGGCGGGGAGCCGUGCGGGGCCCGUGCCGGGGCCGGCAGGCAGAGCGGCGGCGGCGGCGGCGGCGGCGGCAGGGAUGGGCGAGCGGCGGUGCGCGUUGGUGCGGGUGCUGGUGCUGCAGGCGGCCUGGGCGGUGUCGGGCGGGCAGGUGCGCUACUCGGUGCCGGAGGAAGCGAAGGCCGGGACGGUGCUGGGCCGUCUGGCGCAGGACCUGGGCCUGGAGGCGGGCGAGGCGGAGGCGCGGCGGCUGCGGCUGGUGGCGCAGGGCCGGCGGGCGAGCGUGGGGGUGAGCGGGGCGAGCGGCGCGCUGGUGCUGAGCUCGCGGCUGGACCGGGAGGAGCUGUGCGGCAAGAGCGCGCCGUGCGCGCUGCGCCUGGAGGUGCUGGUGGAGCGGCCGCUGCGCGUGUUCCAUGUGGAGCUGGAGGUCACCGACAUCAACGACAAUGCCCCCGUCUUCCCCGCUGCCAGCAGAAACCUCAGCAUCGCGGAGCUGACCACUCUGCCGGGGACUCGUUUCCCUCUGGAGGGCGCGUCAGAUGCGGAUAUCGGAGCGAACGCUCAGCUCACCUAUACACUCAGUCCCAGCGAGCAUUUUAGCUUGGAAGUAAAAUCCAAAGACGAAAAUAAAAUCUCUAUACUACUUGUAUUAGCAAAAUCUCUGGACCGGGAGACAAUUCCCGUUCACCGGUUGGUGUUGACAGCGAGUGACGGGGGCCGGCCGUCUCUGACAGGCACCAUGGAGCUGGUGAUCACGGUGCUGGACGCAAAUGACAACGCACCCCAGUUCAACCAGUCGGUUUAUAAAGUGCAGCUGCCGGAAAAUACACCUCCGGGAACUCUGUUUUUCCAGCUAACAGCGACAGACAAAGAUGAGGGAACAAAUAGAGAAAUAUAUUAUUCUUUUAGUGACACGAUUUCUUCCAAAAUUCAGGAUCUUUUCAGAAUUGACGAAAAGUCCGGGGAAAUGUGGACUGCUGGCAAACUGGAUUUCGAGGACAUUCAGUCAUAUGACCUGGAGAUCGAAGCGAGAGAUAGAGGGACACCCCCCUUAUCGGGUCAUUGCAGCGUGGUGCUGGAGGUGCUGGAUGUGAACGACAACGCGCCGGAGGUGUGGGUGACGUCGCUGUCGGUGCCGGUGCCGGAGGACGCGUCGUUGGGGACGGUGGUGGCCCUGCUGAGCGUGUCGGACCGGGACUCGGGGGCGAACGGUCGUGUGAGGUGCUGGGUGUGGCCGGCGUCGCCGUUCGGUCUGGAGGCGACGUUCGCGGGCUCGUACUCGCUGGUGCUGCGCGAGGCGCUGGACCGGGAGCGGGUGUCGGAGUACGAGGUGGAGGUGCGUGCGGAGGACGGCGGGGCGCCGCCGCUGCGCGCCAGCCGCGGGCUGCGGGUGCCGGUGUCGGACGUGAACGACAACGCGCCGGCGUUCGCGCAGGCCGUGUACACGGUGCUGGCGCGGGAGAACAACGCGGCGGGCGCGGAGCUGGCGCGGCUGUGGGCGCGGGACCCGGACGAGGCGGGCAACGGGCGCGUGAGCUACUCGGUGUGGGAGGGCGGCGCGGCGGCGGUGUCGGCGUCGGGGGCGGCGGGCGGCGGGUGGCGGCCGGCGUCGAGCUACGUGUCGGUGGACGCGGAGAGCGGGCGCGUGUGGGCGCUGCAGCCCUUGGACUACGAGGAGCUGCAGGUGCUGCAGUUCGAGGUGCGCGCGGUGGACGCGGGGGAGCCGCCGCUGUGCGGCAACGCCACGGUGCAGCUGUUCGUGCUGGACGAGAACGACAACGCUCCGGCGCUGCUGCCGCCCGCGGGCUCGGCAGCGGAGGCGGGCGGCGUGGCGGGCGAGGCGGCGGAGCUGGGGGCGGCGGCGGCGGCGGGGGCGGUGUCGGGCUCGGGCACGCUGUGGGCGUGGGCGGCGUGGGGGGCGCCGGCGGGGAAGGUGGUGGCGAAGAUCCGCGCCGUGGACGCCGACUCGGGCUACAACGCGUGGCUGCGCUACGAGCUGUGGGAGCCGCGGGGCAAGGGCCCGUUCCGCGUGGGGCUCUACAGCGGCGAGGUGAGCACGGCGCGGGCGCUGGACGAGGCGGACGGCCCUCGCCAGAGGCUGCUGAUCGUCGUGCGCGACCACGGCGAGCCGGCGCGCUCGGCCACGGCCACGCUCAGCGUGUCGCUGGUGGAGGCGGCCGAGGCGGCGCUGGCCGCGGGAUCCUCCUCGUCUUUGUCGUCUUUGUCAUUGUCGCGGGCGGCGGGUGCGGGCGCGGAGCUGGGUCCCGGGGCGGCGAGCGCGGCGACGAACGUGUGGCUGGUGGUGGCGAUCUGCGCCGUGUCGAGCCUGUUCCUGCUGGCCGUGGUGCUGUACGGGGCGUCGCGCUGGGCGCCGCGGGCGGCCGUGCUGUCGGGGCCCGGGCCCACGACGCUGGUGUGCGCCAGCGAAGUGGGCAGCUGGUCGUACUCGCAGCGCCACAGCCGCAGCCUGUGCGUGGCGGACGGCGCGGGCAAGAGCGACCUCAUGGUUUUCAGCCCCAACUUCCCUCCGCCGCCGCCGCCGCCUGGCCCCGGGGCCAAGGACACGCAGCCGGAGCCGUCCGCUCUCCUCGACACGCCGAAACAUCCCAAUCCGGACUGGCGCUACUCUGCGUCCCUGAGGGCAGGAAUGCAAAGUGCUGUGCAUAUGGAGGAGGCAGGAGUCCUGCGUGGAGGACCAGCAGGGCCUGACCAGCAGUGGCCAACAGUCUCCAGUGCUACAGCAGAACCUGAGGCGGGAGAGGUGUCCCCCCCAGUGGGAGCUGGUGUGAACAGCAACAGCUGGACCUUUAAAUUUGGACCGGGCAAUUCCAAACAAGGUGGUCCUGGUGAGUUGCCAGACAAAUUCAUUAUCCCAGGAUCUCCUGCAAUCAUCUCCAUCCGGCAGGAGCCACCAAACAGCCAAAUUGACAAAAGUGACUUCAUAACCUUUGGCAAGAAAGAAGAGACCAAGAAAAAGAAGAAAAAGAAGAAGGGAAACAAGACUCAGGAGAAAAAAGAAAAGGGCAACAGCACCACUGAGAACAGUGACCAGUGAGGGAGUUAUGCUGAAAAAAACCCUCUUAGCCAGUUUUUGUAAUAAUGGCAGAUUUCUCCUAUGUAGCAAAUCCCAACUUCUUCCUACUGUUAACAAAUUUCCUGUAUGUACAGACUUGAGAAAAUCAGCAGGAAAUUCAGUGUCUGUCUAAAUUGCUUAACAGGUUUUGUCUUAAAAGCUUUAUUAAGUCUGGUGUUAACUCUUUUUCUCCACUCUGGCUUGUUUUCAGAAUCUAAAAAGCAGACACAAGUUUCCUUUCUCCUACGCCGAAAAGGAGAAUCUUCACAGUACAGCCAGUGAGAGGUUGGACUCUGCACUGUGGUUCCUGUGCUCCUGUCUUGAUGACACUUACAGGACAGGUUUAAAAGUUUUAAUGUUGUGCACCCUCUAUCUGAUUGGAAAUAUUUGUGUGCAGAUGUCAGCUAGGUGAUAUGAGACCAGAUUAUAAAAUGCAAGAAGAGCUGGUAAAUAUGCAACAGAGGAAAGACCUAAUGAACACAAAUGUUCAAAGAUGUUCAGGCUGAGGAGAAAAUGUCUGAAAGGAGAUGAGCAGACUUGUAAAAUCCUGAGAAGUCACGGUGUGGAAAUACUGACUCCUAUACAUGACGUAUUGUACACACUGCUUCAAAUGAAACCUCACAUUUACAGCUCUUUAAGACACCAUAAAUUAUAUCUUUGCCAAGCAAGCCAUUGGAAAAAAAUAGUCCCUUAAAGCCCUGCAUUACCCUGGUAAGGCUAGCCCUCAGAGAGUAAGAAGGGCUGGGCUGACAUCCCAGGAAUGUAACUGUGAUGCUGUGUGUCCCUAUUUCCACAUUAUUUUGCACAUGAUGUCUCUGAAAAGGUCAGAGUUUUUCCACGACACUUAUGCAAAAGAGAGAAAAAAAGUAACAUUAACUAUGCUAUUUGUUAUUUGAGAUAUUUAUUUAUAAAGAAAUAUAGCUGUAAAUGUUAAAGAAAUAUGAUGCCCUUUAACCCAAACAGAAGUCAAUCUAGAGCCAUUAUAAAUUACAAUUGCUGCUAUUAAAGUGCUUUAGAAAAAUUGCCUGAAACAUCUGUAUUAUAUCAGCCACUUGCCAAUAACAGCUUUAUUCUGUCGGGUGACUUGGGGGCUGCCUCUUGCAUGUAUUAAUAAAUACAAGGAUAUCUUCUCUUUUUUUUUGCAUUUUUCUGCACUUUGAAUACACCUUUGCAAACAAACUGUCCUAAUAUGAAGAAGCAGAAGCAAACUCCUCACACAAAUGGAUUUACUAACCUGCUAGCUCUGUGCAGUACCUUGGUGUUACCUCCCACACGACCUUUUCUGAUUUUAGUUUUACUUUUCUAUGAGAUUAUGAAUUUCUGACCCUAUUAACACUCCUUAUGUAAAAUUCAAGUACUGUAUGUAUGCUGUAUGCUCUUAUAAGGAUCCUGAAAUAUUUAUUCUGUGCUUGUGUAUGUGAAUGUCAAUGCAACUAUUAUUAGAGUGGACUUUAAGCUUUACCGUUGAAUGUAAAUUCAUUAUUUCUUUUUUGUACACUUGUGAAAAAGUGGAGUAGUGUUAAUUUUUUAAGCCACUGUUGAUUAUCAGUUCUUUUUUUUUUUUUGUGUAUGAGACACAAGUAAAAUAUCUUUCUUAAACCAA